UGCGGUAUCACUGCGAGCCAAUUUACUUCCUUCAACCCGCAAUCCUCUCUGUGCUCCUCCCUAGUCCCAGGCAACUCUGUGUGUUGCUCCGCUGAAAGCACUUCUGUCUCAUAUUCGCAACAAAGCAAUGGUGCUGUCUGUAACACUUACACCGUCAAGUCUGGCGAUUACUGCGACUCGAUCAUCUCGAAAUAUGCUAUAAGUGUCACAGAGCUCGAGAGCUACAAUUCGAGAACUUGGGGGUGGUCAGGGUGCAACGCGCUACAGUCAGGAAGGCUCAUAUGCGUGAGUUCAGGCGAGCCUCCCAUGCCAGCUGCCCUUGCAGGUGCCGUCUGUGGACCUCAAGUGCCGGGAACACAGUGUCCUAGCAACUGGGCCGAUCUCGAGUCUCUCAAUCCAUGCCCGCUCAAUGACUGUCCAAAGUUGCAUUUCCAACUGCGAAUUCGUCUCCACAAACAAGCACAAGUACUGUUGUCUCGACGCAAAGGAGUAGUUCUACAUCGACAAGGACUAGUCGUUCGACAUCAAGCAAGCAUUCUACUUCGAGCGCCACCAAGCACUCAACUAGUACCACUCAUUCAACGAGUGCUACGAGUAAAAAACCAUAACCCAUACGACGAGCAAAACUACCAGCGCCCCUUCCACUGCAACCCCAGAUCCUUGGUUAAUCCGAAUCUAUAG